AUGUCUAUGGACACAACUACAGAAGAUAGUGAUUCCUUUAUUUCUAAUACUGAUGGAAUCAUCUGCGGUUAUUCUGAUAAUUCAGGGUGGGGUGAAAGCAUGAUCUCAGAUCCCAAUAUCACUUCGUCUCCUUCAAGGAGCGUAGACGACCGCCAGCAACAUCAGUCGAAGCAACAGAUUUCGACUGCUGCUGCUGGCGGUCCUACUGAUGAUUUGAUUAUAUCAUCAGGUACAUCUUCCAGGAUGCAGUUUAAUGCUUAUUGCAAUAAUUGUAACCGAGAUGCUUUUGAACUUGGUUUAGGUUUGAAUAUUGGUGGUGGGGAAGUGGACAAAGGAGCUAGCGUUAGCUCGUCUGUCCAAACCUUGAUGGCAGUACAACGGAAAACCCUAAGUGUAAACAGAGGUUAUUCACGUAAUAAUAAGAAUAGCAAAAUCAAGCCAAAGGUCCACGAGUGUUCAAUUUGUGGGUUAGAGUUCUCAUUAGGUCAAGCUUUGGGUGGUCACAUGGGAAGACACAGACCUCUUGCGAUUAAAGCAACAAACACUAAGGUUUCCUUGACUACUGUUGAUGAGAUUCAGGAGGAGUCGAGAAGCAUUCCGUUGCUGCUUGAUCUUAACUGGCCGCCGCAGCCGCCACCAAGAGGUGGGGGAACGAAUGAGAUCCUCCAUCUUUAA